AGCAGCAAUGGUGCAGCAUUUCUGGCCCUAAACCUCUCACCCUCAACAGUGGCACCCAUGACAACAAAUCCAAUGGAUGAAACCAUACCUGGAAAUAUCAGCAUCAGGAUUCUGAUCCCAAAUUUGAUGAUCAUCAUCUUUUGACUGGUCGGACUGACAGGAAAUGCCAUUGUGUUCUGGCUCCUGCUCUUCCACUUGCACAGGAAUGCUUUCUCAAUCUACAUCUUAAACUUGGCCAUAGCUAACUUCCUUUUCCUCCUUGGUCACAUCAUAGCUUCCACAAUGCAACUUCUCAAGGUUUUCUACCUCAACAUUAUUUUUCUUUACUGCUUUUACACCAUCAUGAUGGUGCUCUACCUCACAGGCCUGAGCAUGCUCAGUGCCAUCAGCACUAAGCACUGCCUGUCUGUCCUCUGUCCCAUCUGGUAUCACUCCCACUGCACAAAACACACAUCAACUGUCAUAUGUGCUGCUAUAUGGGACCUGUCCCUGUUGAUCUGCUUUCUGAAUAGGUAUUUCUGCGGUCUCUUAGAUACCAAAUAUAAAAAUGACAAUGGGUGUCUGGCAUCGAAUUUCUUUAUUACUGCAUACCUGAUGUUUUUGUUUGGAGUCCUCUGCCUGUCCACCCUGGCUCUGCUGGCCAGGUUGUUCUGUGGUGCUGGGAAGAUGAAAUUUACAAGAUUAUUCGUGACCAUCAUGCUGACAGUUUUAGUUUUUCUCCUCUGUGGGUUGCCCUCUGCCAUCCACUGGUUCCUGUUAAUCUGGAUUAAGAUUGAUUAUAGUGUAUUUGCUUAUGAUGUUUUUCUGGCAUCACUUGUCCUGAGUGCUGUUAACAGCUCUGCCAACCCCAUCAUUUACUUCUUCGUGGGCUCUUUCAGGCAUCGGUUGAAGCACCAAACCUUCAAAAUGGUUCUCCAGAAUGCACUGCAGGACACUCCUGAGACAUCUGAAAACAUGGUGGAGAUGUCAAGAGGCAAAGCAGAGCCAUGA